CCGCCCCUUCGGGGUGGGGCGUGGGCGGGCCCAGGCCGUCCGGGGCGGCCAUAUAACCCCACCUCUUGGGUGAGGACUGCGGCUAUAAUUGGCUGGAUGUGGUAUUUGGAGAUGCUAAGCUGGCUCCUUCCCCCCAUGUCCCUGCACACACACAGGGGUGGGUUGCGCGGGCGGCAGAGGGAGGCAGGGCUGGGUGGCGGCGGCGGCGGCGGGUCUGCCACUCCCUGCCUCCCUGCCUCGCUGUCCGAGCCGCUCGCGCUGCUGGGCUGCUGCCUGCGGCCGGGCGAGGCGGCGGAGCCGGGCCGCGGGGAGCGGGGGCUGCUGCUGCUGUCGGCGGCGGGGAUGAUGGCGGAGGGCGGCGGCGGGGGGCCGCGGCGGAAGGCGCUGUCCCUGCUGGAGGCGGCCCGCUCCCGCUACGAGAGCCUGCAGAUCUCGGACGACGUGUUCGGGGAGUCGGGCCAGGACAGCAGCGGGAACCCCUUCUACAGCACCUCGGCCGACUCCCGCUCCGCCUCCUCCCAGGACGAGGACGAGGACGAGGAGCAGCUCGCGGCUGCGGAGGGGCCCGGCCCCCGGGGCAGGGGGCGCCGUGUCCCCAGGGCGCUGGCGGCGGAGCGGCAGCAGGUUCCCGGCAGCGGCUGCAGCCCCGGCCCCACGGAGGAGGAGGAGGAGGAGGAGGGGGGCUGGAUCCCGACCCUGCGCGACGCCCCACCCCCAGACUUCAAGGAUAGCUUCGGUCCAACCCGUAAAAUGCCCCAAACUGCCAGUGCCAUGGACUUUUUUCAGCUCUUUGUCCCUGACAAUGUACUAAAGAACAUGGUGGUACAAACCAACAUGUAUGCCAAGAAGUACCAGGAGAGAUUUGGCAAAGAUGAUGCCUGGAUGGAUGUCACUCUAACAGAAAUGAAAGCCUUCCUAGGCUACAUGAUCUCAACAAGCAUUCACCACUGCGAGUCCGUCCUCAGCAUUUGGAGCAGUGGCUUCUACAGCAACAGGAGCAUAGCGCUGAUCAUGACACAGCCGCGGUUUGAGAAAAUCCUGAAGUACUUCCACAUUGUGGCCUUCCGUUCCAGCCAGAUGACACAUGGCCUCUACAAAAUUCAGCCUUUUCUGGACUCUCUGCAGUAUGGCUUUGACUCUGCUUUUAGGCCUUCCCAAACCCAGGUGCUACAUGAACCGCUGAUCGAUGAGGACCCAGUUUUCAUUGCCACAUGCACAGAGCGGGAGCUACGCAAAAGGAAAAAGCGGAAAUUCAGCCUGUGGGUUCGGCAGUGCUCAUCUACUGGUUUCAUCUGUCAGAUUUAUGUCCAUCUAAAAGAAGGAGGCGGUGCUGACGGACUGGAUGCUUUGAAGAACAAGCCCCAACUCCACAGUAUGGUGGCCAAGAGCCUUUGUCAGAAUGCAUCAGGAAAAAACUACAUCAUCUUCACUGGCCCUAGCAUUACCAGCCUGAACCUUUUUGAAGAGUUUGAGAAGCAAGAAAUUUAUUGCUGCGGGUUGCUGAGUUCCAGGAAAAGUGACUGCACAGGCCUACCUCCAUCAAUGCUGCAUAACCCAGAUGCUCCUCAGUCCAGAGGGCAGUACAGAAUAAAGAUGAAGGGAAACAUGUCCCUGAUCUGCUGGUACAACAAAGGGCAUUUUCGUUUUCUCACUAAUGCCUAUUCUCCAGUUCAACAAGGAGUUAUAAUUAAGAGAAAAAGUGGCGAGAUCCCAUGCCCGUUGGCAGUAGAAGCUUUUGCUGCUCAUCUUAGCUAUAUCUGCAAAUAUGACGACAAAUACAGCAAGUAUUUCAUUUCUCAUAAACCAAACAAGACCUGGCAACAAGUAUUCUGGUUUACCAUCAGCAUUGCCAUAAACAAUGCCUACAUCCUGUACAAAAUGUCAGAUGCCUAUCACGUGAAAAGGUACAGCCGGGCACAGUUUGGUGAGAGACUUAUAAAGGAGCUGCUGGGCUUGGAGGACACCUCACCUUCUCAUUGAUGCAUUAUUCCUUGUGGCUUAGGACUGGGGUGGAGGGGGAGCAGAAGAGGAGACCACAGCUCUGGAAUGUCAAAGCAGGGAAUGUCAUGACAUCACCAAUGCUGCUCCCUGUAGGAAAAUGACAGUGAUGCCAGUAGAGGGGUAGAGACGUUGUUAAAAGUAGCAGCUGGCUGUUGAGUGUCCUACAGAGAGAGGCACAGGAAAAGUCAACACACAACUGCAUCUGUGAAUGCUCUGCGAGUACCUGUCCAUCCAAAAAGAUUUAAGUUAGUAGCCAUUUGUCUGCCAUAUCUGUUGAACACGGUCAUCUCGUAAGGCUUCCAUAGGGCUCACCACGAGCUUGCCACAAAGGGAUGUAGCUCAGUGGUCCUAGGUGGGCAUUACAAAAACUCUGCCCUGUCUGGAGUUCUUUAACUCUGGGACAAGCAAUGUGUCAUGGAUGACAGUGUCUGACACCUUGUAAGGAAUCAUGACAUGGUUAAAGAGAAACAGAUUUAUAUGUUCUUCACACACAUAUUGACAGAUUGACCUGUAACAAGCAAAGACAACCAAGACUGAGUAACAAUUAAGAGCUUUUUUUUUUUUUUUAAAUAAGUGUUAAGGCAAUCAAAUUGCAGUAUAGGAAUAAAAAGUUUAGGGGAAAAUUAAUCAUAUUGGCAAACUUUUUAAAAAAAAAGUCUGAGUGAAAUUUUAAGAAUCAUGGGGAAAGCUGAAUUGAUACAUAAAGUUUAACAAAUAAAUGAUCAUACUGCCUGCCACCAUAGCUUCCAUAUUGCGUGCAGGGUGAGACAUCUCAGAGUGUAACAACUAAAACAACUAGAUUUUCCUUGAUUUCAGUUGUAGCUUCAGGUUCUUCUAAGUGUUGCUUAAGAUCUACCUUAAUGGACUGUUUUACUUAAAUUUCUAUGGAUAUUUUUCAUUCCCCCCCCCCUUUUUUUUUUAAAUAUCAAGACAUAUUUUUCAUCUUAGAUCUUCAUUUCCUAUUAACACACCUUUGGCAAGAAAAAAUUGUUCACCAAUAGCAGUGCGUUUUGUGUUUUCACGGUUGGGUGUUCUGUAGGAAUCCUUCUUAGAAUUUGAGAUGCGUCACAGUAGCUGUAGUUUUGCAAAUUAUAUGUUUAGAAAAAUAGUGUGUCAUUGUAAAAAACAGUUCAGGUGCAACCAGACAUUGACCUCACUGAAGCAGAACAAAACCCAAAUGCUUUCCUUGUUCUGAGGGACUCUCUGGAAGCUAGAACCGUUAAGAAUUAGUGCAGCCUGGUGCCAAUGCCUAGUAUUGACAAGACUGCUUGGCUGAAUGUUUUCAACACAAUACUGGGUUCGCUGCCACCAGGACGCUUCAGUGGGGAAAGCGAAAGGAGAGAGAGAUCUGAUAGCAGGAGGCAAAACCCCAGCACUGGAGUAAAAUACUGCUCUUCCUUCAUCAUCUUAUUAUUGAUUGAUUAAAUCCACAACCCAGUAAACUAGGAGACAUACUACAGUUAAAACUUUAGUAUGGUAGAACAUAUGGGAAUGCACUAAUUUAUAGGGUACAGAUAAUAUGCAACUUCUCUUUAUGGAUGGUUUGGGCCAACUCCCACUGAAGGCAAUAGAAAAGCUCUCUGACUUUGAUGGGAGUUUUACAUGCUAGUCAUUGCUCGUUUUUUAUGGGGCACAAGUAGUUGUUCCAAAAUUUGGAUUUUGGGCGGGGGCGGGGGGGGUUUCACACAAACUUUACUUGACCAGAGAGGUCUUCAUUAGUUCAGAAGGGUCUCUAAAUCCAGUCUCAGCCCUCUGGGAAGACAGACAAAUGCCCAGUUCUGUGUAGGAGGAAGAUCUGCACAUGGAGAGUCACCUGCAUCCAAAAGUUUUUAGCAGAACAUUCCUCUCCAUUAUCAGGCCUAGAGCCACACUGGACCAGUUAGUUCCUGUGUUGUAUAGGGACAUCAUAACACAAGACAAUGCAUUUUCUGUGUAAUAAAAUGGAACAAAGGAGCAAUUGGACGCUCAGGGAUAAGACAACGAUAUAGAGGUAGAAAAGUUAAUGCAAACAAAAAAGAGUAUUGGAAGGGAUAUAGAACCGCAUGCUCAGGCUUUACACCAAUCUCUAAUUAAGGAUUAGGAUGAAAUCUUAAUGGAAAUUAGAUUAUCCCAUGUUUUCUUACUAUGGGAUUCUUACACUUUGCUCUGAGACAUCUGGUAUUGUCUACUACCAGGGACAGGCUACUGGACUAAAUGGACCUUGGGUCUGAUCCAGGCUGGCACUGUAUUUCAAUCUAACAGUAGUAAGAGUUUUGUGAUAUGACAGGCCAUGCCCAGUGGUGCCACUUUAUUCCCUACUCAUUGUCAGCACAACCCUACAUUUACAUUACAACAUUGGCUUUACAUAUGGCCUUUCAAAGUGCAGUGGUUUUAACAGUUUCAUCACAUAGCAGCAAAAACAUCUGUGUGUCACAGCAUGAAUUUGCUUUCUAGUGUUAUCACAUCAGAGCACCAUCAUGUGGUACUGUUGGUUGUAGACCCCCAAAGAGAUUUCAAGACCUGUUUUGUUUGCAGGGAAACCAGGCUUAGCCCCAUAGAAAUUGAGGUAGUCUGUUUACCUAAUACUACGCCGUAGUUGGCAGAAAUAGAUUGAUAGAGUGCUAAUAAAUACCACCUAUCUCAAAGACCAAAAUAUUCAAAUAGGCUGCCUAAAGCACAGCACAGAAAUAAAUUUUCAGAAAUGCUCAGAACCCACCACUCUCAACCUCUGAAAAUCCAGCCCCUCAUCGUGAUGCCUGACUUUAGGCCAACAUUUUUCAAACAUGGUUGGCUAAACGAUCAUGUAAAGAGUAGUUGACAUGCUCAUUGUGCCCUGUAACGUCAAAAUUUUGCCAAAAUUUAUUCUGAAGAGUUGGUGCUAGUUACAUAGCUAGAAUUACCAAGGAAAGAACAUGGGGAUGAGAUCUGGUUGGAACUUUCAUAAACAGACAGCUUCCCCAUAGCAACCGUCUGAUCAGAGCAACCUUCCUUCCUUUGUCUGCAGUGUAAGAACAUUGCUGAGAAAGGAUGGGCUCAAUCCUCCAACAUAGAAUAUCAGUGUUGGAAGGGACCUCAGGAGGUCAUCUAGUCCAAUCCCCUGCUCAAAGAGACCAAUCCCCAACUAAAUCAUCCCAGCCAGGGCUUUGUCAAGCCUGACCUUAAAGACUUCUAAGGAAGGAGAUUCCUCCACCUCCCUAGGUAACGCAUUCCAGUGUUUCACCACCCUCCUAGUGAAAAAGAUUUUCCUAAUAUCCAACCUAAACCUCCCCCACUGCAACUUGAGACCAUUACUCCUCGUUCUGUCAUCUGCUACCACUGAGAACAGUCUAGAGCCAUCCUCUUUGGAAUCCCCUUUCAGGUAGUUGAAAGCAGCUAUCAAAUCCCCCCUCAUUCUUCUCUUCCGCAGACUAAACAAUCCCAGUUCCCUCAGCCUCUCCUCAUAAGUCAUGUGUUCCAGUCCCCUUAUCAUUUUUGUUGCCCUUUGCUGGACGUUUUCCAAUUUUUCCACAUCCUUCUUGUAGUGUGGGGCCCAAAACUGGACACAGUACUCCAGAUGAGGCCUCACCAAUGUCGAAUGGAGGGGAAUGAUCAUGUCCCUCAAUCUGCUUGCAAUGCCCCUACAUAUACAUCCCAAAAUGCCAUUGGCCUUCUUGGCAACAAGGACACACUGUUGACUCAUAUCCAGCUUCUCAUCCACUGUAACCCCUCGGUCCUUUUCUGCAGAACUGCUGCCGAGCCAUUUGGUCCCUAGUCUGUAGCGGUGCAUGGGAUUCUUCCGUUCUAAUUGCAGGACUCCGCACUUGUCCUUGUUGAACCUCAUCAGAUUUCUUUUGGCCCAAUCCUCUAAUUUGUCUAGGGCCCUCUGUAUCCUAUCCCUACCCUCCAGCGUAUCUACCUCUCCUCCCAGUUUAGCGUCAUCUGCAACAUGCUGAAUAUCUCCCAUAAGGAUCUGAGCUUCCCAACUCUCACUGAUAUCAGUGGUAGCUAAGGGCUUUCCGCACCUCACAGGAGGUCCUCAGCACUUUAUAGUAGUAAGCUCCAGACCAACUAGAUGCGUUACAUCUAUUCUCUCAGAGCUUGGGCCUAACACAGGGUCUGAUGCAAAACCAUCAGUCUUUCCAGUGACUUCAGUGGAUCAGGCCCAUCUACUACAGAAACUGCCUUUUAAAAUAAAUAAAUAGUUGGAAAAUAGUUUUCCACAGGCUUGUUCUGCUCACGAUACAGAUUGCAUGAGCUAAAAUUUUACCAGGUACUAGUUUUACCUCAGGGAUUGGCUCCUGAGUAGUUCUCCCUUGAUUUGGUGUUGACGGACCGAUUACACAGUGGCUAGCUGAUUAUUAUAGGGAAUUAUAUUUUUCCCCUCCUGCAUAAAGGAGGGAAACAGACAGAAGCAAAGUAUUGCUUUGCAAUGAGUUUCAGUCCCCCACUCCCUCCCCUAAGCAUCUCCCAUGACCUUGAACUGGCUUCCUUAAGAUGCCUAGAUGUUCAAUAAAAGAAUAAGCCAAAAAAAACCCAAACAAAAUACCCCCACCCAACCCUGUAUAAAAUGACUAAAAGCUAGGUUUCACAGCCUACAAGCAAAAUUCACCAAAGUAAAACUUAGCCUAUGCCAAUAAAAUGACUGUGAUCCACAGUAUCUUUCCCAUUAUAUUUAUCUGGCAGGAGGAAGGAUGGGGAAUAUUGUGGGGUUUUGUUUUGUUGUUGUUAAAAAGCAUCUCACAGUUUCUCUUUAAAUAUUACAAAAACCUUUUCUUGGUUAAAACAAUUUAGUGUCCACAGCAGUUCAGACCUCAUAGUCUUGCCGUAUAUUAGAUUUUGCAAUUUCCCACACCCGACCACAGAAAUACAUGGCUGUUCCUUAGUUUCAGAAAUCAAUAAAAGGAAAGGGCUAAGCGUCAGAGUAUUGCAAGAACACUGUUGACGACCUUGUAUGAGCAUGGGAUGCCAAUGACAUUGUGUAAACAUGGUUUGUGUGAUGGCUUGUACCAUGAGAUUGGGUAGGUUAAGUAUCCUCAAGCCAUUCUGGGUAAAGACCUUAAAGCUCAGCAUUAAUUAAAAACUGAGGGAAAUGCAAACUACCUGAGAUCAGCUUCUCUCUACCUCUCAGAAGGGGACAUUGAAAGUGGAGCAAAUCAGGGGAGGAAAAGUUGUCCCUCUUCUGUUAAAUUUGUUUUCCAUUCAGUGUGCAGUUCCUAGCAUUGGAAAUUCUUUGUUCACCGCCGUAUGCAGACUGCUUCAAAGAAUUAAAGUCAGACAGUGGGAUAUGCAGACAACAUUCUAUGCAAAGCACCUCUUCCAAGGAGUUUUCAUGUCCUGUCAAGUCAAGUAUUUGAAAAAAGGCUCAUUGCAGUGUGCAACAUUUAUAUAAUGUUCACUGAAGCUAAAAGCCAGUGUCAAAUAGUGUUGUAUUAUAGCUUGCGCCACCGUGGAAAAGUAUUGUAAGGGCUCACUGGAACUCUGACCCGAUUGCUUUUUAUCUCAGCCCAUUUGUGCACUUGAAAAGAAAAGGAAAGAUUUAAAGACAUCUCUCCCGUUUUCUUUUUUGCUCAGUGGUUCUGGCUACGUUCUGUCUAAGCAUCUCUCUUAAUCCCGGUCUCUCUCUCUUUUUCAUUAACAGAUAUUUUAAGAACCCAGAUUUCUCAGUGUCACUAAAUAAUUGAUUCAGUGAUAUCAUUUUUAGUUUCUUAUACAUCUCACAAAGGACAGAAAGACAUUUCUCUGUUUCCACGGUUACACAAAGGCACUGACUCAAAACCAGCAUUUUCAUUCCUGACCUCCAGCAACCCUUACUUUGCUCCUUUUAGGACAGAGGUUUGUUCUUCUAACAGCUACCUAAUGGGUGCUUUCUUGAGUUGGCAGGUAAUGAGGCCUCUCUUAGGGCAAUUCUAUGCUUCCUUUAGAUAUGGGUCACGUCAGGAGCUGAUUUUAGUGGUGGUUUCGGGAAUAUAUUGCACUGUAAUUACAUUUUGCACUUCUGUAAUGCCUUCCAUCUAAGGAUCUUGAAGUACUUUAGAAUAUGAACAUUAAUUAGCCCUCACUGAACCCCUGUGAAGGGGGCAGGAAGUAUCAACACCCCCCAUUUAUAAAUGGGGAAAACAGACACAGAGAGGGUAAGUGAUUUACCCACGGUCACACGAGAAAGUCUGUGGUAAUGCUGGGAAGUGGAGGUGAUUCUCCCAACUCCCAGUCCUUAGGACUGCAUGUGAUUUUUAAAGAGAUUUAUAGUUUUUAUUCAUAGGCCCAGAGGUCAAACUAGAUGUAUUUUUCUAAACUAGAAAAAUAAAUGAAAGGAACUUAACAAAACCGGCCUUCCCCUCUGGAGUAAAGACCACAUGACUCAGUCACCUUACUCAUUUCAUUUCUCACAAUGCAUUGUGAGCCUCAGCCAAAGCCCACUGCAGUCACUGGAAAGAUUCCCAUUGAAUUCAAUGAACUUUGGAGGAAACCUGCUGACUUGACUGGGGGAGCCCAGAGCAUGGAUAGAAAGAGAGGUCUGUAAUCCAGUGAACAAUGUACAAUGUAGUGCAACCCAGCCAAUAAUAGAAACUGUUAUUAACAAUUAUCUCUAGUAAAAAAUAAAAGUCUAGGUUAAAUAAAUCUCCCAUCCUUCUCUGCUAUGGAAUUCCCAUGGAGCCAAGAGCUCAUCUAAGUCUGAGCUCCAAAGAGCCAACAACAUUUACAGAGCAAAGCAGCUUUGUUGUAGUUUAAAAUAUGUAUAUAUUUGGCCUGCCUUUGAAUAGGGAUCUUUGCAAAUAUCAGUCUAUCAUCUGCUCAGAUGUAAUCCUAUUUACAGUUCUCCUUACUACAUUUCUCCUUGUCCAGGUUAGGAUGUAAGGCUACCCUUAGCCCCCCCUGUUUUUUGUUCAUGGGAUCAUUAAAACCUAGAGAUGGAAAGGCCCUGUUAGAUCAUCUAUUCCUUGGGGAACAGUGUAGAAUUGGUGCACUUUAGCUGAUCUAAUUUUAAAAUGUUCCAGUCAUUAGGGUUUCCUCCUUGUUGCUUGGGAAACUGGUCUGUGUGCUAACAGAGCACCCGUUAGGAAGCUUUUCCUUAUAAGAAAAUAAAGAGACUUUUCUUCAUUUCAGCCGUUAUAUGCCCUUGGAUCUCAUUAAAUCAUCCUACUAGUUCUUGAUAUACACCUCUCUAGAGCAGUAGUUAAUUCUGGAAGAUGAGAGGUCAGACAGAGUUGACCAUCUAUGUUUUUAUUAUAUUACUUUGCAAAUGAUAUCCUGUUUUACUUUGAUCUUUUUAAAAAAAUUGGCAAAGACCGUACUUACCACAGUCACUGGGAAGGUACUGCAUGCCUAGCCCCAACAGUGCUUCCCAAGACAAGAGAGAGAUCAGAGGGAUCACAUCCACCAAUGCACUUUUUGAGGCAGCAGUAUUUCCCAUAAAUGUGACUGCUGCCAGAUGGGACCUUGACAUAGUCUGUUGUAUGCCCAUGUAGUCCUCAGCAGCUCUACUGAAACUAUCGUAACAAGAUCAAAAAGGUAAUAUAUAACUACUCGUAUUAGAUGUCAAGGUGGUUCAUACAACGUGUAGUGUCAAAAUGUCACAAUGUAAACAUCACUCUGCAGAAUUAGUCAUUUAGUGUUACUGCGAACACGGCCCUUUGUUAAAAAGUAUGGGAUUGGGAUGGACAACCUGAUUGUAGACGUAAGAAAUCUAACUCCUGGAGCCUGCUGGUCUAAAGGAGGACAUGGUAACUGGUGGAGGGAACAAGGAACCGAGAGAUCAGUGUUGGGGUUCCAAGCUUCCUGGAUUAGCAAGUGGUGGAAGGGUGCCUAGUGACACUCAAACCCGUGUCAUGUCCUGGCCCUGCUCUAGAAGGAGCCACUCUCAGUCCUACAAGGACAGGGGGACAGACGAGGCCAGUGUGAGGCCAUGGGCAGAUGAAGAACAGAGAGUAUUCCAAGAGGCUCAGAGGUUCAACAUUUCUGCUGCAUCUAUCUCCACAUGUGAGAGUGUUCAGACUCCUCCUGAACAAACAGUUUUAUGCAGAUCAUUUUGUCCUGUAUUCACAGGUCUCAAAGGGCAAAGAACAAAAAGCCUCGAGACAGUCAAGUUGGAGCUUGACUUGUCUUGGAGUCAAGACAGUCACACUGGGGUCAUCUAUCCCAAAUCCCAACCCACUUGCUGUCAAAGUAACUUUGUGGUGUUGUCCUCCAAUUAAUCUGUGUCCAAGUAUGUGCAAAAAGUGAUUAAAGAGCAGCUCACACCUUACCACAACACUGAGGGACGUUACUUAUUUGAUGGUCAACAAGUUGCACGUGACUUGAUUAUUCAGUUGGAAUUAAUUUUACAACUUGGUUUAGUUUUCUUGGGUCAUACUCUCCAAUUUACCAACUAACUUUGAAUCUGGUAGGGGAAUACAGAGAUAAAAAUACAUUAGUAGAGUGAGAAGAAAUGUUGACUAUUAAAGAAAAAAAAAAAGGGCACACUAAAAGCGUUAGGCUCAACUCAUCGCCUGCUGUAGGGCUACUGAUGUCAACAAUGGAGUCACACCUGGGAUGGAUCUAGCUCCCCCUAUAGGGAAAUCAUCAAUAGAAUCCAGAAAGAAUGAUGUGAAAAGUAAUACAGCAGCCCAUUGCUGCAUUGGGAAGAGAUCAGAUGAAAGGAUUAGAGGCUGGGAGGGCAGAGAGAUCCCAGCUGUUCAGCUCUACGACCUGCCCUUCUGUUUUAUAUUGUGACCCUUUCCCAACCCCAUUAUCACUCCCAUAUUUAAAUAGAAAAGCCAGGGAUUCAUCUCUUUGACACAGCCAGGCAUCCAGCUGCUCUAGCUACAAUGACGCCAUCGGGGGUGGCACUCUAUGCCUCUGUUUGGACUAGAAAGGCUGAGCGGUUAUAGGUCUCAGAGUCACAACACCACUGAGUCUCUUAGGAUAGUUUGAAGAUGAGAAUUAAGAACAACAACAUUGUAGUAAUGGGAACAAUAGAGAUUCUUCAAGGGAGUCCUUCAAGCUAUAAUUCCUUAUUGGUAUGUUUUUUUAACCUGUGCAACUUACAUUCCAUCAAAUGAAGUGACUGUACAGAAACACAAGGAUAGUCCAUAGUUCUGUAAGUGCAGUUGGUACACCACUGUUGUCAGGCUGUGCUCACAAACGAUUGCAUUUUAGUUGCAAACUUCCAUUUUCUCCCAAAACUAGAGUUCUAUUGAAACUGUAAAGACCGUUGAUUAAACAUACAGCGUGGUUUGUUCUCUUUGGUUUGAAACUUCUCAGAGCAAUUUUAUAAUAGACACAUCUUUCAGACAACGUGUGUGUGGUCCCUAUGCAUGGUAAGGCCCACAGCUGCAUUUCUCAGUGUGGCAGGAAACUGUUUUUGUGACAAUGGUUUUUGUUCUACACAAAGGCACGCUUGCAAUAAGUUUUUACAAAUUUUGUACACCAUGAGCUAAAUUCUGAGGUCCAAAAUGUGAAGUGUGGCAACAACAACAAAUUGGAUUUAUAGUCUCACUCUGAAAUCUUGUCAUGUGAUUUUAUUUCUUCAACAAAGUUUGUUUACAAUCAGCAACUUUGAAAUACAGUCAAAAUAUUA